ACAGAAGAUGGUGGUCGUCAAGGAGUAGUGAGUCUAAGUGUUGAAGUGUUUCUUAUUCCGACUGACUCGGGUUUGGGGGUGGUUCUGCCUUUGAGACGUGGCCAGACCUUUCAUAUGAACUUUUGUUGAGUUUUGUCUUGCGUGUUUAUGGGAUUUCGGCCUGGUGACUCGGUUGUGAGUCGUGUGGUCUUGCCAUGUUCCGUAGAAGAGUACCAAGUGGGGCAGCUUUUCUCCGUGGCCGAGGCCAGCAAAAACGAGACAGGUGGUGGGGAAGGCAUCGAGGUGCUGAAAAAUGAACCCUACGAGAAGGAGGGAGAGAGAGGCCAGUACACGCAUAAAAUCUACCACUUAAAGAGCAAAGUUCCUGGCUUUGUGAAGAUGAUUGCACCAGAGGGAGCGCUAGUGUUUCAUGAGAGGGCCUGGAACGCCUACCCAUACUGCCGCACGGUCGUCACGAACGAGUACAUGAAGGAAGACUUCAUGAUUAAAAUAGAAACCUGGCACAAACCAGACAUGGGCGCCCUAGACAACGUGCAUGACUUGGACGCAGAGACGUGGAAGACGGUGGAGGUGGUGUACAUCGACAUUGCAGACAAGUCGCAAGUGGAGCCCGGAGACUACAAGCCGGAAGAAGAUCCUGAACUCUUCCACUCUGUGAAGACGGGACGAGGCCCCCUGGGCCCGGGCUGGAAGGCAAAGCUGGCUGCAGAGGAGGCCGCUCCUCGGAUGUGUGCGUACAAACUUGUCACGGUGAAGUUCAAGUGGUGGGGCCUUCAAAGCAAGCUCGAGAAUUUCAUUCACCGGCAAGAGAAGAGAAUCUUCACCAACUUCCAUCGCCAGCUCUUCUGCUGGAUGGACAAGUGGGUGGGGCUCACCAUGGAGGACAUCCGCAGGAUGGAGGCCGAGACGCAGAAAGAGCUGCAGGAGCUUCGUGAGACCGGCCAGGUCCGAGGCACGAGCGCGGCACAUGAGCAAGGGAGGCAGGCCUACCGAGUCCCACCACACUGCGCUACGCCCACUAGCCAAUGACGCAGCAGCCCACGAAUGAGGACCCAGCAGGGACUCACCCAGCCAUCGGUAGUACCGCGUCCGCCUCGGCGCUUCCCCCGGCCACCGCACCCUGCACACGGCAACCUCCCUCCCACACGGAGGCGCUCUUUCCACUAUGCGUAAUUUGCAUAAUGACAUUAGUGGAGAAUGGUGCUUUAUAGAGAAUUGCAGCUUUUUAGACAUGAUCUUUGUGAGGUUUCACUCAAUUGCAAUGACAAAGGAGUGAUCUUGGGCAUUGGACUGAUUUUUAAUCGUUUGGUAAUUUUAACUUGUCACUGGGUGUACUCACCUGUGAAAGCCUCCUCCCGACCCAGUAAACACUGGAGGUGUGCAUGUGUAAUUUUUUUAAAAAUAUACUACAGCCACCCUGUUCCUCUGUUCAACUUGCUGCUCUGUUCUUCUCAGAGCUUAUAGGGGUCAUGCAGUUCAAUCUCAAGUGUACCCAUAAUGCUCAGUGCUGAAAUGCAUUUAUACAUCAACCCUGCCUCAAUUUUUUUCCAAGAUAUGCUACAAGUGUGUGCAUUUAAACUCCAGACCCGGUUGGAGGUGCAUGAGGAUGUAAGACGCAUUAGCAGGUCUCUGCCUGAAGGAACACAUCUCUGCUUGGCUCUCCAUGGACGCCUUGGCCACAGAUGGGAGCACAGCUCCACCUACUUCUGCAUCAGCCUCGCCUCUGCCUGCCCAGCCAAACAGAGCACUCUCAGGCCAGCACACAAGUGACUGAGCCCAAUGCACAGGGCUGUUUUGACUUGAUUCUGCAAUUUCAUGUAGUUACUAGCAUAGCAUGUAUAAUUUAUUGUUCUUAAUCUUAUUAUUAAAGAUUGGUCACUUAAUUUCUGGGCAGAUUUGUCUAAGCUGAAGGCAAGGGUGGCUUUUUCCUGUUGUGGCCAGUCCUUUAGAGGAACGUGGUGUGGAGCCAUAGGGGUGUUUGGACCACUGAACUCGAGUUUGGACUGAUGAAGGGUGUGUUUAGCAUAAGCCCCUCCCUGAGCCAGUGCCUGUCCCUUUCCAAAGGCACAUUCAGGGCUGAGCUUGGUGCAUUUCAACUAAAAUAUUUUGACUCAACGAGCAUUGUGGCUGUGGGUUUGUUUUUUUGGGGGGGGGGUUUGUUUAAAUUGUUCCAGCACUGAUAUCUUUAGAUGAUGGCACUUUAUCAGUGGGUGAAUGCCAACAUAAUUAGCAUGUCAUCGCCCAACACAGUUUACGUAUCAGGGUGGGCACUUUGUUAUAUCAACACAGAUGUGAGUUGUUCUUAACACUGAUGUGCUGUUGGCUUAUACACUGUGUAUGCUGAUGUCUCUUACUAGAAUGCUGUACCACUUCUGGAGCUAAAAUAUUAGUCAAGGCAGAGGUUAUGCUUUUAUUUUUGUACACACAGGUUACCAGAUACAGUUUAUAAAGCCAAAGUACUGUAAUCAAGAAGUCAGUUACUGUUUUUAUUUGAGUAAACUUUUGGCCAUGUGAAUUUCAGGGGAAAUGGCACUGAAUGUACAAGACCUUUUUGUUAAUUGUUUCUUUUGCAACUUUUAAAUAGAAUAUAGAUCAAGGGUUAUAUUGGUACUUAAAUAUAUUGGAACUAAAUAAAUUUCACUGUAAACAAGU